CUAUGCUCGACGCCGACGACAACCACUGUACCCCGUUCCUUUGGGUUGAGCACUAGUUUGCUCCACAAAAUAGAAAGGCUCUGCCCGCUGGAGUGCAGUGGUGACUCAAAAAGAAUUCCGGUGGAGCCAGCUCUUCCAACCUUUUCCUCACCUAGAACCUUUCGACUUCUGCAUCUCACGACUUGCUCUUCGACCUAGCCUCACCCUCAGUUAUCGGACUAUCUAGGUCCAAACAUGGCCUUCGAGGACGUGUUUAACGUCACGCCAAAAUCCGAGAGAAAAGAAGCAAUGGCCAACGAUGAGGCCUUUCAGGUCAAUGCUACCACCCCGUCGUCCGAUUUGAAGGACAUGGACUGCGAGAAGCAUGGCGCCACUCGCGAGUCGAACCCAGUACCGGAUCUAAAGCGCCAGCUCAAAAGCCGGCAUCUGCAAAUGAUUGCCAUUGGUGGUACAAUUGGUACAGGUCUUUUCAUCAGCAGUGGCACCGCCAUCGGUACAGCAGGCCCGGUAGGCGCUUUGAUUGCAUAUCUCUUCGUCGGCUCUAUCGUGUACUCCGUCAUGCAGGCCCUGGGCGAAAUAGCAAGUUAUCUGCCAAUUCAAGGAGCGUUCACGUCCUACGCAGCUCGAUUGAUCGACCCCAGUCUUGGUUUCGCCAUGGGAUGGAUCUAUUGGUUUUCCUGGGCCAGCACCUUUGCACUAGAGUUGACUGCGACGGGCUUGAUCAUACAGUUUUGGGACAAGGAUAUCAACAUCGCCAUUUUCAUCGCAGUGUUCUGGGUGGUUAUUACUUGUUUCAACUUCCUACCUGUUAGCUUUUACGGUGAGCUGGAAUUCUGGUUUGCUAGUAUCAAGGUGAUCACGGUUAUUGGAUUCAUGAUCUUUGCAAUUUGUAUUGAUGCCGGGGUCGGUGAUAAAGGAUAUCUGGGAUUCACCUAUUGGACUAAUCCAGGUCCAUUCGCACCUUACGCCGAUAUUUCUCCAGACUCAACAGCCAAAUUCGUGAGCUUUUGGGCUGUGCUUAUUCAGGCGGGUUUCUCAUACCAGGGCACGGAAUUGGUUGGUAUUGCAGCAGGCGAAACUGAAAAUCCCCGCAAGACCAUUCCUUCUGCGAUCCGCAAGACUUUCUACCGCAUUCUGUUCUUCUUUGUAUUGACCAUCUUCUUCAUCGGCCUGUUGGUGCCCUACACCAACGAAGACCUGGUUAAGGAUGGAAACGAUGCAAACUCUUCACCGUUCGUCAUUGCGGCCAGACUUGCGGGCGUCAAGGUCCUGCCUCAUAUCAUCAAUGCCGUCCUGUUAACUGUUGUGCUUUCCGCCGCCAACUCCAAUGUCUACAGUGGUAGCCGUAUCCUAAUCGGCCUGGCUCAAGAAGGGCUUGCCCCGCGCUGGUUCAAGAAAACGUCGAAAAAGGGAGUGCCCUACUACGGCGUCAUGUUCACUGCAGCGUUCGGCUUGCUCGGUUUUAUGAAUGUGUCUAAUGCUGGUAGUACGGUGUUCAACUGGCUCCUCAACAUCGCGGGUGUGGCAGGCUUCAUCACUUGGUGUUCCCUAAAUGCCUGCCACCUUGCGUUCAUGCGAGCUCUGAAAGCUCGCAAUAUGUCUCGUGACCUUCUUCCCUUUAAAGCGAUGUGGCAGCCCUGGUAUUCCUGGUAUGGGCUUUUCUUCAACACAUUGAUUAUUUUGACUCAAGGUUUCACUGCUUGGAUCCCAAGUUUCAGUGUAACGGAUUUCUUUAUCGCCUAUAUCAGCUUGAUUCUCUUCGUGGUACUCUAUCUGGGACAUAAAAUCUUUUAUCGCACGUCGUUUGUUCCCCCACUCGAGGCCGAUAUCGACACGGGUAGGGUUGCUCUUGAAAACGAGUCAUGGGAAACCACCACGACGAAGUGGUAUCAAAGGAUCUUCCGCUCGUUUCGAGGUUAAAUGAGACGUUUGAAUUACCCACGAGAGUAUCGCUGGCAUUUUCGAGCGAUCCCAGGUCUUUCCUUUAUAAUUUUCUAUUUUGAUUUGCUUCUUUUGCACAUAGGAGACGAGCAUAUUUAUAUAUAUAUAUGUGUGUGUGUUAUAGACAUAUAUAUAUCUUUGAGUAGGCUGCUCGCUGUCGACUCAAAGGAAACCGGACUUGCAUGGUGGGACGAUGGAUGAGGGUGUCAUAUAUACACGGGU